ACGCCAUGGCAAAUCCCAGCCAGAAGGACCAGGCAUGGAUCCCCAAACUCUUCAAGAAGAAAGUCUGUACAACUUUUAUCGAGCAGCCGAGUGAAGCAGGUGGCCCCUCCCUGUGCCAGUGUGGGCACGCCCGCAGCAACCACGCCUCCGUAGCCACGGAAGAUGCCUUUGGAGCGGCCAUUGUCAGCAAAUGGGUCUCAGCCCAGCACACAACAGAAGGGCCCACUGAUGCCUAUGGAGAGGUGGAGUUUGUAGGCACUGGGCGCAGGCCCAGCAAGUUCAUUCGCUUGUCAGACACGUCGAAUCCUGCAGCUGCCUAUGCCCUGGUCACGAACCACUGGAAAAUCCCACACCCCAACCUGGUGGUGUCGGUGGUGGGUGGUGAAGGUGAGGUGCGUGUGAGGACCUGGCUUAAGGACGUGCUGCGAAAAGGCCUGGUGAAAGCAGCUCAGAGCACUGGGGCCUGGAUUAUGACGGGCGGCCUCCAGGCUGGGGUGGGUAGAUACGUUGGGGAAGCCGUAAGGGACCACACCACAGCCAGUACCAACUCCAGCACUCAAGUGGUGGCUAUGGGCAUCGCUCCGUGGGGCAUGGUUGAGAAUCACCAUUGUCUUAUAAACCCAAAGGGUUUGUUCCCAGCACGUUAUAUCCGGACAGGCCCCGUCAGCCCCUUUUGCCCUCUAGAUGCCAACCACUCUGUCUUCUUCUUAGUAGACGAUGGGACGACGGGCAAAGCGGGUGGGGAAGCUUCCUUCCGUGCCCGCCUGGAACGCUACAUUGCCCAACAAAAAGUGGGAGCUGGAGGUGUUGGGAGUAUUGAGAUUCCUGUAUUGGUGCUGCUCAUCUGUGGCGACUUGUCCAUGUUUAAGCGUGUUUCUGAGGCUGUGCAUUCCUCCAUCCCCUGCCUCCUCUUGUACGGAUCUGGGGGGGCAGCUGACUGCUUGGCGGAGUUGCUAGAAGAGACACUGCCCGGAGAGUCCCUGAAGGUGAAGGCGCUGGAGAAGAUGCGGGGAAAGUUCCCUGACAAUGAACUGGAAGAGCUGGCAGAAGAGGCAGAACGAAUUGGGGCCAGACGAGAACUAGUGACUAUCUAUUCUGACCACGAAGGCCUGGAGGAGUUCGAGACUAUCCUGCUGAAAGCCCUGGUGAAAGCCUGUAGGCGGACAAGCGAAGCUGCUAGCUACCUCGAUGAGCUGCGUCUGGCCGUGGCCUGGAACCGCGUGGACAUUGCCAGCACCGAGCUCUUCUGUGGGGACAUAGUUUGGGAGCCCAACCUAUUAGAAGAUCCAAUGCGUGAUGCUUUGCUGGGGGACCGCCCUGAACUCGUACGCCUCUUUGUGGAGAAUGGCUUGGACGUCGGGCAGUUCCUGACCUGGGGACAACUGGAGAAUCUAUAUGCGGGGGCUCCUGAGGGCUCGCUGCUGCACCGUCUUCUGGAGCAACGCCAAGGCAUAUCCCACGAGGCUUCUUCGCCCCCAGAGUACCUGCUUUUAGACCGCUCUCUGUCCCAUUGCCACCUGUCACAGGUGGCCCGCAUCCUGCACGAACUGCUGGGAGAUGUCUGCGCUCCCUUUUAUGCGGGACUGCAUUCUGCAGGCCAGAAAGGGAUAGGGACCAAGGGACUCUCACCUAAACCAGAGCCAUUGUACCGCACUGAGUUCUCUCCAAACCCUUGGACUGACCUGUUUAUAUGGGCUGUGUUGCUGAACCAUGGAGAGAUGGCCAUGUAUUUCUGGGAAAUGGCUCCUGACGCAGUGGCCGGGGCUCUGGUAGCAUCCCGAAUCCUACGGGAGCUUUCACACCUGGAGAUGGAGGCGCAGGAGGUGGCAUCCAUGAAGGAGCUGGCGCUGCGCUUUGAGAACUUGGCCAUAGGUGUUUUCAAUGAAUGUUACCAUAACGGCGAGCCGCGAGCCUAUAAACUGCUAGUGCGCCGUUCCAGUCUUUGGGGUGGAGCCACCAUCCUCCAGCUGGCUCACCAGGCAGAUGCCCGCCUCUUCUUUGCCCAGGAUGGUGUGCAGUCUCUGCUCACCCAGAACUGGUGGGGGGAGAUGAACCAAAGCACCCCUGUCUGGGCGCUUCUCCUCACCUUCUUCUGUCCCCCUCUCAUCUUCACCGACCUCAUCACCUUCAGGUCUAUGGAGGAUGACCCCCGACUAGAUCCCUCCCAACCCAUGGAGCUGGACAUCCUUGACACGGAUGUGAAAACUACCAUCGGGGACAUGCUGUCCGAGGACAUGGAUCCUCCUUCCCCACCAUCCCCUCGCCGGUUCUGGCUACGGCGCUGGCGGCAGUUCUGGGGAGCGCCCGUGACAGCAUUCCUGGGCAACGUGGUGAUGUACUUGCUGUUCCUUUUCCUCUUCUCCUACGUCUUGCUGAUGGAUUUUGUAGCUCCGCCGGUCGGCCCUUCUGCCGCGGAGAUUGCUUUGUACAUUUGGGUCUUCACACUGGUCUGCGAGGAGGUGCGGCAGGGCUGCUUUGUGGGCUCCCAGCCCCUGCUGCAAAGGGUACGCCGAUACCUGCAGGACACCUGGAACCAGUUUGAUAUCAUAGCCCUGCUGCUCUUCAUGGUGGGAGUGGCAUGCAGGCUGUCUCCUGAGUCAUUUGAAUCUGGCCGCACCAUUCUCUGCCUGGAUUUCAUGGUCUUCACCCUUCGUCUCAUCCACAUCUUUGCUGUCAACAAACAGCUGGGUCCCAAGAUGAUCAUUGUUGGCAAGAUGAUGAAAGACGUCUUCCUUUUCCUCUUCUUCCUCGGGGUGUGGCUGGUGGCCUAUGGGGUUACAACCGAUGGGCUUCUGCUCCCACAUGACCGACGUCUCCCCUGGAUAUUCCGCCGGGUCUUCUACCGGCCUUACUUGCAAAUCUUUGGACAGAUCCCACUCAAUGAGAUUGACGCUGCUCUGAUUGCAGCGGCGAACUGCACCUAUGACCCUGUGGCCAUCUUGAUGGAGGAUGCACAACCGUGCACCAACACCUACGCCAACUGGCUGGUCCUCGUCCUCCUUGUGGUCUUCCUGCUGGUCGCCAACAUUCUCCUCCUCAACCUGCUCAUCGCCAUGUUCAGUUACACGUUCGCCAAAGUUCAAGGCAACAGCGACAUCUACUGGAAAUCCCAGCGCUAUAACCUGAUCCUGGAGUAUCACAGCCGCCCUGCGCUGGCCCCGCCCUUCAUCCUCCUCAGCCACCUGCAUCUUUUCAUCAAGUACCAUAUCUGCAAGGUGCCGUCGGCAAAGGGGCGCCACUUCCUUCUGGUACUUUCUGAGACCCAGGAUGGACGGCUACUUACAUGGGAGUCAGUGCAGAAGGAAAAUUAUUUAGUGGCUCAGAAACGGCAGACACGGGAUUCUGAUACAGAACGGCUCAGGCGAACCUCCCAGAAAGUUGAUCAGGUUCUGAAGCAGCUUUCGGAGAUCAAGGAGUCAGAGCGUCGCCUGCGGACCCUGGAGACAGAGAUGGAAUAUUGCACCACCGCCCUAGCCUGGAUGGUUGAUGUCUUGGCUCAGAGUGAUAUUGCGAAAGGGAGGAAGGCUCCUCCAGCACGGAAAAAAGGCGUGACGCGGGUGAUGGUUUUGGUCUGCGGAGAGAAACAAGGGCUACUUCCGGCCGGGGACGACUAA